GUUCCAGAAUGAGGGGGGCUACGUCUUGUACCCCCAGAUCGGGGACCGCUUGGACCUCAUCUGCCCCCGCUCCGUACCCCUGGGCCCAUUCUCCACCGAGGACUACGAAUACUAUAAGUUGUACCUGGUCCAGACCGAGCAGGCCGAGCGCUGCGAGAUCCUGCGCACCCCCAACCUGCUCCUCACCUGCGACCGGCCCGAACACGACAUGCGCUUCACCAUCAAGUUCCAGGAGUACAGUCCCAACCUCUGGGGUCACGAGUUCAAGUCCAACCAGGACUAUUACAUCAUCACCACCUCAGACGGUACCAAGGAAGGCCUCGAGAACCUGAAAGGCGGCGCCUGUUUGUCCAAAGGGAUGAAAGUGAUGUUAAAAGUCGGACAGCAUCGCAACACGGGUUCCAAAUCCCAGAAUUCCAUGCCUGCCACACCUGCGGAGAAGGACCGAGGGACGCCAGGUGCCGCUGAACCCAACAAGGAGAUGGUCCCAGGACCUUCUUCUGGAAACACGACCGGGAAAGUCGGGGGCGAGAACGGCCCGUUGCCGCAGUCCAAUGUACCCAUCAUUGCUGGUGCUGCCGGAGGAGCAGCGUUUGUGUUGCUGGUGGCAGCGGCUGUGACGGGGGCCCUUUGUUACCACCACCACCGGGCCAAGCACAGCGAGUCGCACCACCCGCCAUUGUCCCUCAGCACCCUGACCAGCCCCAAGCGAGUCGGGGGCGGAGGAGGCGCCAACAACAACGGCUCUGAGCCGAGCGAUAUCAUCAUCCCACUCAGGACUUCAGACAGUGCGUUCUGCCCGCAUUACGAGAAGGUGAGCGGCGAUUACGGUCACCCGGUCUACAUUGUGCAGGAGAUGCCACCGCAGAGCCCGGCCAACAUCUACUACAAAGUAUGAGGCGCGAGGUGGCUCAGCUGAGCCUCCGUAGGCAGCCUUUGGAGCUCUGCGGUGGGCAGGCAAGGACUCGGAUCAGACGGGACACAACAAGACAUUAUUACCCUUCCUGCCUGUUCUCGUUCGCCUCGGAUGCUGCGCACAGAAGGGUUUGAUGCAUAGGUGCCUCAUUCACCUCCAGUUAUUUUGGGGGAGGGGGGAACACCCUGGAACUGAUACGGCCGUUGUCACAAGGGAGGCCGGGACACCUCUCUCUCUGCGGAUCCAGAAACAUGGGAUGCAACUCCUGUCUGAUCACGUACGAGCGAAUUUUAUCGCGACCCGCCCUUCCCCGUCAAUUCCACGGCGAGGUCCAGCCGAACUGUGAAAGUUUGGCUCCCACUCGGUGUGUGCCCACCUGCCAAAACAGAUUUGGGAGUGGAAGACACACGCACCGCCCCGGUUUCUUUUGCAAUAAUUCAAUCUGAUUGCCUUGUCCAGUCUCUCUCUCUUUCUCUUCUCCCUUUGACAGCUUAUUCAUGGGCCGGCGCUGAUAAGGUUAGACAUAUGGGGAGGGGGCUGUUUAAAAGCAAGACCCCCAGUGCUCUAAAAGGUUGCAUUUGUUGUUAGUGCCACAAAUCAAAACAAGGAACGGUGCAGGUCUGCCUUAUUCCCACCACCAUCGUGUGACCCUCCCCCCAGGGCAGCAUUU